AUGGAAGAACGCAAGGAAAAACAAGGACGGACGGACGGACACAUGGAAGGACGCAAGGAAAAACAAGGACGGACGGACGGACACAUGGAAGAACGCAAGGAAAAACAAGGACGGACGGACGGACACAUGGAAGGACGCAAGGAAAAACAAGGACGGACGGACGGACACAUGGAAGGACGCAAGGAAAAACAAGGACGGACGGACGGACAUGGGGAAGGACACAGGAAAAACAAGGACGGACGGACGGACACAUGGAAGGACGCAAGGAAGAAGCAAGGACGGACGGACGGACACAUGGAAGGACACAAGGAAAAACAAGGACGGACGGACGGACACAUGGAAGGACGCAAGGAAAAACAAGGACGGACGGACGGACACAUGGAAGGACGCAAGGAAAAACAAGGACGGACACAUGGAAGGACACAAGGAAAAGCAAGGACGGACGGACGGACAUGGAAGGACGCAAGGAAAACAAGGACGGACGGACGGACACAUGGGGACGCAAGGAAAAACAAGGACGGAUACAUGGAAGGACACAAGGGAAAAACAAGGACGGACGGACGGACACUUGGAAGACGCAAAGGAAAGAAACAAGGACGGACAUGGAAGGACACAAGGAAAAAACAGGACGGACGGACGGACACAUGGAAGAACGCAAAGGAAAAACAAGGACGGACACAUGGAAGGACACAAGGAAAAACAAGGACGGACGGAUGGACAUGGAAGGACGCAAGGAAAAACAAGGACGGACACAUGGAGGACACAAGGAAAAACAAGUACGGACGGACGGACACGUGGAAGGACGCAAAGGAAAAACAAGGACGGACACAUGGAAGGACACAAGGAAAAACAAGGACAGGACGGACGGCGGACACAUGGAAGAACGCAAGGAAAAACAAGGACGGACACAUGGAAGGACACAAGGAAAAACAAGGACGGACGGACGGACACAUGGAAGAACGCAAGGAAAAACAAGGACGGACGGACGGACACAUGGAAGAACGCAAGGAAAAACAAGGACGGACACAUGGAAGGACACAAGGAAAAACAAGUACGGACACGAGUGAAGACAGACGAGAGGGCAAAACGAAAACAAACGACGGCCAAAAGAAAAGAGAGACGGAACAAAAGGAAAUAUAG